AUUAGUUGAUUUAAAGAGAAGUAAUUAAAAUAUUAAUUGAUAGUUUUCAUAAUCAACAUUCAUGUGAAUUGACAACUUUAAGUGAAUCAAAGUUAAUUAAUCAAGUAAUUUAACUAUAACAAUCAAUAUGAGAUCAAUUAUUUUACUAAUUUGUUUAAUUGUCAGUGUUAAUUGUUCAGAAAAGGUCAUCUUAUCAUCAACAAUUAGCCCUUUGUCUGAUUUAAUGGUCAACAAAAUUAACUCACUCAACACAACAUGGAAGGCUGGUAAAAAUUUUGAAGGAUUAACAAUCAACCAAAUUAAACGAUUUCUUGGAGUGAAAAGAUUGUUACAAUCAAGUAAUUCAAUCGUUGAUUUGGAGACAAUUGAAAUCGAAUCAAACAUUCCCAAUACAUUUGAUUCUCGUCGAGUUUGGCCUAACUGUCCAUCGAUAUCAUUUAUCCGCGAUCAGGGAAGUUGCGGUUCAUGUUGGGCUUUCUCAUCAGUCGAAGCAAUGUCCGAUCGAACUUGUAUCGGUACUAAUGGUCGAACUAAAGUUCAACUUUCAUCGGAAGAUUUAUUAACCUGUUGCACUGAUUGUGGCGAUGGUUGUAACGGCGGCUACCCUGAAGCGGCCUAUCAGUAUUGGGUCAAUUCUGGUAUUGUAACCGGUGGACUUUACAACGGAACUGGAUGUCAACCUUAUAAAAUAGCUCCAUGUGAACACCAUGUACCUGGACCUCGACCCAAUUGCACCGAUGAACCAACACCCACUUGUGAACAUAAAUGUCAAAAAGAUUAUCCUAAAUCAUAUAAACAAGAUAAACACUUCGGAUUAAAAAGUUACUCAAUUGAACGAGAUGUUAAACAAAUUCAAUCGGACAUCAUGAGAAAUGGUCCAGUCACUGGUGCUUUUAAUGUCUACGCCGAUUUUGUAUCAUAUAAAUCAGGUGUUUACCAGAAACAUUCAAAUGAUUUACUCGGAGCUCAUGCAGUUAAAAUAUUGGGUUGGGGCGUUGAACAGGGUGUCCCUUAUUGGCUUGUAGCUAAUUCCUGGAACACUGAUUGGGGUGAUCAAGGUUAUUUCAAAAUCCACCGAGGGAACAAUGAAUGUGGAAUCGAGGAAAACAUUGUAACUGGAAUACCCAAGAAUUAAAUCUAAUCUAAUUGUGAUCAUUUGCUUUUCUGCGAAUUGUUGAUUAGAUUGUGAUUAUCAAAGAAAUGAUUGUUUGUUAUUACAGUUUAAUCAUCUCGAAUGAUCAAAGGUUCUCUUUUGCCAUUUAAUUGGAUUUUCGUACAUUUUUUUGGCAAACCUUAAUUUCUGAUUUAAUUUUGACAAUGAAAUCGAUUGAAAAAAAAGCAAAUUAAAUUGAUUUGAUUUAUGAAAAAAAA